GUAUUUGUGGAACUGCAUUUAUCUGAUUGAUAGCGAAGCCAAGCGGCAACCAGAAAACCCUAGAGCAUCCCUCCAUCUCUUGCUCUCUGCGUUCGGUUCUUUAACAAUCGUAACCAACCAGUUGGUACCAAAUUAAAUCGGGAGUUCGCUACAAAAGGCACGAAUGGCAUCAGAAGUUUGUGGUUUGAUUCAAGAUCUAAAUCUGAAUGAUCACUCUAUUGUUACCACAGGAGCUUCUGUUGCGGAAAAGGAUGAUGUUUUGAAGGGGGGUUUUGGUGGGAGUAAAGCGUAUGGUGAUUUAUCAAAAUGUGGGAAGCCUGCUAUGACUGAGGAGUCAUCACAAAAGCAACAGCCUUCUGACAUUGAUGAAAGUAAUAUCAAAAGGAAAGGAGGGGUUGUUACAGAGGAAGAUAUAGCAGAUGAAGAUUCUGAUUCUGAUUAUGAUUUUUUUGAUGAACGUGUCGUGAAGAGGUCUGAUCCAACCAAGGAAGAAAUCUUGGAGAUUAUGGCGUACGAGCACGAUCAUAGGAGAUGUAUCGAAUUACAGGAAAAGGCUUUGAAGGAGGAGUAUGCAUUUGAGAAUCCAGCUUAUUCUCCAUUUUUUGAUUUGCCCUGGGAGGAGGAAUUUGAGAGCAAGCCGAUGGAUGUAUCAGAGUUGUUGGAAAUAUUAGAUUCAUUGAAAGAAUUAGGAGAAGUUGAUGGAACAUAUGAGUGUGUAGAUGCAGCAACAGUUCUUGGCUAAAGCAGCCUUCAGGGAGGGGGUUGGCUUUUUUAAUUGAGCAGAGUUCGAUCUGGUUAUUGUUUCUUUUGGUUUUUAGUUAACUUGACAUCUGAAUGUGGAACUCUGUAUGGGUUAGCUUUUUUUAUUGAGAAGAGUUCGAUCUGGUUAUUGUUUCUCUUGGUUUUUAGUUAACUUGACAUCUGAAUGUAGAACUCUGUAUUCCAAAACUAUAUGGUGAUGAAUGUUUGUUUUGUUCAAUUCACAUGCGCAAUUGUCUUAUUUGUUGAU